AUGGAAGCCCCAACCGCGACAACCUUUGCCUCCACGACUACAACAGUCGGAAUACCUACCACUCUCGCCGCACAAGCUUUCGCGACUAUGAGUGCAAUGGAUAAUCCUGAUUCGCCUCAAAAUGGCGAAUGCCAACUUCUGGGUCCAUUCUCCUUGCUUAUCCAGGCCGCCUUGGGGGGGUUGGCCUUGCUGUCACUGGUGUACAAGCGAUAUCGCGAGAGACCGCAACGGCCGCUCAAGAUAUGGGCCUUCGACGUGUCAAAACAAGUGUUUGGGUCGGUGAUGUUGCAUUUGGCAAAUCUUCUCUUGUCCAUGUUUUCCGCCGGCCAUUUUGAGAUUCAGCAAGAGUACCAGCCUAACCCAUGCUCAUUCUACAUGCUUAACCUGGGCAUCGAUACUACUCUGGGUAUCCCAAUACUCUAUUUAUCUCUCCGCAUCAUCAACCGCCUCGCAUUUUACACACCUCUAGCCCGACCGCCCGAGUCGAUCGAGUCCGGUAACUAUGGACAACCUCCGAGAAUUAUGUGGUGGCUAAAACAGUCGAUUCUAUAUUUUAUCGGUCUCUUAUGGAUGAAACUAUGCGUCUUUGUUCUCAUCCAAGUCUUCCCAGUCAUCGUGAAGAUCGGAGAUUGGGCGUUGCGAUGGACGGAGGGAAAUACGGCUCUUCAGAUCAUCUUUGUGAUGCUCUUGUUUCCUUUGAUUAUGAACGCGAUCCAGUACUAUAUUGUAGAUACGUUCAUUAAGAGGAAGAUCAUUGAAGAUAUCGACGAGGAACCAUAUGACGAUGACGGUCGGAACGAACUUGUGAAUGAUAGGCGGGAUUCGCAUGGGGCUCUCUUGGAUACUGGUAGCCACAGCGAUGACGACUCUGAUUUGGAAGAGGGUAUUGCUACGAAGGAUGUGAAGCCUUUGUCCCGUACUGGGUCGAACAUUCAUGUCUCGAGUGCCGAGUAUGACCCUGCGGUGGACGGCGCCGACUUGUUGGCAGGAUCCUCUUCGAAAGCAAGCACUCCUAAGGGUUCUCGGUCUUGA